UCGCGUCACGUCGCGUACCCGCUGCUGCCGUUGCAAAGGAAUGUGUCUGCUGCGUGUCGGUGGGGAUGGAUGUGGGACAGAUGUUCUGAGAAGAUGAUGUCGCAUCUGCUGCUAGUCUACCCGUUAGCUAACCGUGAGUACGUUACGGUGGAUCCGCGGAAGUCGUUCUGACCACCCGCCGUGUGGAGGUUCUGUUAGCGCUGCUAAGCUAACAGCGGCUGGACGCUAUUUGACUGAGCCGGGUGGUGCUCUUAACAUGAAAGUUCUUCUCACCUGUGACGGGCAGGAAGGAGCAUUGAGUUAGGUUUCAGCUCGGUCCACUUUGGUCUCCUUGACAGAACCUUUGCUCUCAAGCAUGGAGUCCUAAAGUUCUGGUCCAUCAGGACCCCCUGCUGCUUUUUCUGCUUUUCCUGUCUACGUGUGGAGCAUCAGCUAGUGUCUGGAUCUUACCUCUCUGAAGCUUCACCAUGUUCUCGGCUCUGAAGAAGCUGGUUGGAUCUGAGCCAGGACAGCUCAGGGAGAAGACCAUACCUGCAGGACUGCAGUCCAUGAAUCAGAGUCUGCAGAGGCGCUUUGCCAAAGGGGUCCAGUAUAACAUGAAAAUAGUCAUCCGUGGAGACCGAAACACCGGUAAAAGCACUCUGUGGCAUCGACUGCAGGGGAAGAAGUUUGUGGAGGAGUACAUUCCCACCCAGGAGAUCCAAGUCACGAGUAUUCAUUGGAAUUAUAAAACUACCGAUGACGUGGUGAAGGUGGAGGUGUGGGACGUGGUGGACAAAGGCCAGAAACACCCUCUUCCUGAAGGUGGAGGGAAAGGGAAACGGCGUGGGGAAAAUCUGAAGCUGGAGAACGAGCCCCAAGAGUCUGAUGAGGUGGCCCUGGAUGCAGAGUUCCUGGAUGUGUACAAGAACUGCAAUGGAGUGAUCAUGAUGUUUGAUAUAACCAAGCAGUGGACGUUCAACUACAUCCUGAGGGAGCUUCCCAAAGUGCCAACCCACGUUCCAGUGUGUGUCCUGGGGAACCACAGGGACAUGGGGGAGCACCGUGUCAUCCUGCCUGAUGACAUCAGAGACUUCAUUGCUGGAUUGAACAGACCGAUGGGGUCGUCCUACAUCCACUAUGCUGAGUCUUCCAUGAGGAAUGGUUUUGGACUCAAAUACCUGCACAGGUUCUUCAACAUCCCCUUCCUCCAGCUGCAGAGGGAGACCCUCCUGAGACAGCUGGAGACCAAUCAGUUGGACAUGGAUGCCACCCUGGAGGAGCUGUGUGUGCAGCAGGAGACUGAAGAUCAGAACUAUGACAUUUUCCUGGAGAACUUGGAGUCUCGCAGUAAGGGCUAUGCUUCUCCUGGUCCAGCUAACGGUCAGAGUCCUUCCUCUGGCUCCCAGUCCCCCAUCAUCCCUCCCAGCAGGGCAUCUACUGGGAGCUCCAGCCCCAGCACUCCGCAACCUCCCUUGCCCCUCCAGGAGCUUCCCCAGUCUCCGUCCGUGUCUGCUCCCUCCCCUCCACCUGCUGCAGCCGCUGUUAGCGGGGCAGCCUCGCCCACCGCGGAGGUGAAGUUCCCGGCUCAGUCCCCAGAGCACCAGCAAUGCUCGACCUCAUCUGGAGGGUCGGCCCCCCAAAAGCGCAGUUUCAUUUCUCGCUGGUUUGGCUCGCCUUCUGCCUCCGAGACUGCUCCUCCAGUACCAGAUGAUCCUCCACCUCAGUUGUGUUCAGCUAAGGUCCAGAGCCUUGAUGAUUUUAUUCCAGAUGAGGGACUGGACAAGAACUUUCUGGAGGACAGCCUGCUCCCAAGGAACAAGGUUCCACAACCUGCUCCAGUUGGGGACAGUGACAGCGAUGGAGAAGAAGGAAAUCCAAUGGUGUCAGGUUUCCAGGAUGAACUGGAUCCUGAUGACACUGGGUUCAGCCUGGCCCGGCCUCAGACCCUGCCCCCCAGUAAAGAUCUCGCUCUGACCAGUGACGAGGACGAGGGGCAACCAGCUGCCCCCACCAUCACACAGGACCAGGACAUUGAACCUGAGCUCAAAGUACCAGGGAUUCGCCUCCCAAAAUCAAAGGGGACACCUAAAGCUGCUGAGGUCAGAGGUCAGACUCCAGCAGCCAAACAGCUGAUUCCACCCCAGAGCAGGAAGAAGGCAGGUCCUCCCAAAGCCGAGGACUCUGAGUCGGACCCUGAGGUCCCUGUGGCCCAACAAAUGCUCUCCUUUGUUAUGGAUGACCCCGACUUUGAGUCUGAAGCUUCAGACACACCAAAGGUCACCAAGGACACGCUUCCAGGCAGAGAUGAGCUUCUGUCGGACCUCUCUGAUGACAAUGUGGGUUCAGCUAAGGUACCAGAACUAUUGAAGCCCACUGCAAUCUCCUUCAGACCUGCAGACGAUAUGGACCUGUUCGGCCUUGGAAUCCAGGAAGGGCCUCCUGCAGCCAAAGACAGCAGUGAUGACCAGGAACAAAAAGACAGCAAACACUCCUCUAAAGAGAAGAAGAAGAAGAAGAAGAAAAGCAAGGAGGAAGAUGAAAAGAUCAAAAAGAAACACAAACACAAGAAAAAGGAGAAAGAUGAAGCUGAAGCCAGAGACGAGAAGGAGAAAAAGAAAAAGAAGUCCCGGUCCAAGAAGACGGACGUGGAUGAGCUGGAACACUUUUUGGGUGGAGCUGUGGGUUCGGCCCAAAGAGACGAUGGAGAUUAUGAAGAACUAUAAAGGUUCUGUCUGAGCGGCAGAACUCCAGAUUCGUGCGUGCGUGUGUGUGUGUGUGUGUGCAUCAAACUACUUUUCUAAAGCCAUACAGUUGAUGGGCCAGGGCCAGGUCCAGGUCUGGUACCAGACGGUUCUGCUGUGUGUCUCUUCCAGUCCUCCACAUCUCAGCUCUCUGUUCUGACCAAUCAGAAACAAGUACUGUAAGAAACCAUUGCUAACUGAAGACCAGAACCACUGUUGGGACUCUCGGGUUGGUUGGAUCCAGCGGUUCUGAUUCAUUCUGAAUGUUGUGUCGAGCAUGCUCCGUGAAGACCGACUCCUUCGUUUGUUCUGUUUGAUUUAUUUAUCAGCUGAUUUGUUCUCGUGUGUUUAAUGGAAACUAAAAGUGAACCUGUGGUUGAGUCGAAGACGGUCUGCUGGUUCUGCUCUCACCAUCAAGCUGCCAGGUUUUCAACCCAGCAUCCCUUCAUAGAGUUCUGGUUCCAGACGGAGGUGGUGACCACAUCCAGAGCUGAAGGAGACCUCAACCAUUAGUGCUUGUUCUGCUUUUAGAGCCCUUGCAGGCUCAUUGGUUCUGAAGGUUCUUCUCUCCUGGUUCUGGACCUGCUGCGCCCUGAGCAUCCAUUAUGAGAUCUCAGUGAGCUGAGUCUUUUAUUGUUUAGCUGAAGAACAAAGCACGGCAUCGAGGUUUUCCUGUAAACAUCUCCAUCUUCUCCAGGUUUUAUCUAUCGCUGCCGAACCUCCGGGCUCUGAACGGGUCAGAAUCGUUAACAUUACUGAAGCUGUAUGACUCAUCCUGCUGUUUGUGGGAAAGAAAUCAGCUCAAAUCUUUAUUUUACCAGCAAUCAUCAAACAGUUGAAAGCUCCCAUAAACCAAAACAAACACAGCCCGUGUUCUCCUGUCUGACUUUUAAGGAUCUGUUGGUUUAAAGGUGAAGCGGCAGCCUCCUCCUCUGGGCUGUAGUGGGAUCAAUGCUGAUGAUGGUUUCGAGCAAAGCCCCCGUCUCGUGGAAACCAUCCCCCUGAAACGACUCGGUCAAACCCUUCAGAACGAGUUCAACUUAGGAAAUCCUGUUUCCGCUGCUUUUGUUUGGUUCUGGACCUUUGUUUACUUUCUGACACCUUCCACCUGUUUGAGUUUGGUUUGUCCAAUAAAUACAAACUUAUUUCUUAAAACA